UGGGACUCCAGUUGUCUCUGAUCACUGGUGUGGAUUUUCCCGGGGUAGAGCGACAGAAGCCGCCAGUAAGUCGCCAAGAUCUACGUCAGGAGCUCUGCACGAAAGGGCAUCGAACCUUGUGAUUUUGAUUUGCGUCCGGGAGGAUGUCCGAGCCAGGAGACCUGAAUCCGGCCAUCGUGGAGGAAGGCGGGACUGAGCAGGAGGCGGCCACGCCAGAGAAUGGCAUUGUGAAAUCCGAGAGUCUGGAUGAAGAGGAGAAACUCGAAUUGCAGAGGCGGCUGGCAGCUCAGAACCAAGAAAGAAGAAAAUCCAAGUCAGGAGCGGGAAAAGGUAAACUGACUCGCAGCCUUGCUGUCUGUGAAGAAUCCUCGGCCCGGCCAGGGGGAGAAAGUCUUCAGGACCAGGAAUCAAUUCAUUUACAGCUUUCCAGUUUUCCCAGCCUGCGAGAGGAUGAUAAAUCUAGGAAAGAUGACUCAGAAAGAGAAAAAGAAAAGGAUAAAAACAAAGAUAAAACCUCUGAAAAGCCCAAGAUCAGAAUGUUAUCAAAAGAUUGCAGCCAAGAAUACACGGAUUCUACUGGCAUAGACUUGCAUGAGUUUCUGAUUAACACAUUAAAGAAUAAUUCCAGGGACAGGAUGAUACUCUUGAAAAUGGAGCAGGAGAUUAUUGAUUUCAUUGGUGACAACAAUAAUCAUUAUAAAAAGUUCCCUCAGAUGUCAUCCUACCAGAGGAUGCUUGUCCAUCGAGUGGCAGCGUACUUUGGGUUGGAUCACAAUGUGGAUCAAACAGGGAAAUCUGUUAUCAUCAACAAGACCAGCAACACAAGAAUACCAGAGCAAAGGUUUUGUGAACAUUUAAAAGAUGAAAAAGGUGAAGAAUCCCAGAAGCGGUUUAUCUUGAAGCGAGAUAACUCUAGUAUUGAUAAAGAAGACAAUCAGCAAAACAGAGUGCAUCCAUUUAGAGAUGACAGACGAAGUAAAUCAAUUGAAGAGAGAGAAGAGGAGUAUCAGAGAGUGAGGGAGAGAAUAUUUGCACACGAUUCAGUUUGCUCCCAGGAAAGCCUUUUUGUGGAAACCAGUAGGCUCUUGGAAGACAGUAACAUAUGCAAUGAGACCUAUAAGAAAAGACAGCUCUUUCGGGGCAACAGAGACGGCUCGGGGAGAGCAGCCGGGAGUCGACAGAGCAGCUCCGAGAAUGAGCUCAAGUGGUCCGACCACCACCGGCCCUGGAGCAGCACGGACUCUGAUGGCUCCAACCGCAAUCUCAAGCCCGCCAUGGCCAAGACGGCAAGUUUCGGGGGCAUCACGGUGCUGACCAGGGGCGACAGCACAUCCAGUACCAGGAGCCCUGGGAAGUUGUCCAAAGCAGGUAGCUCUGAGUCUAACAGCAGCACAGGCUCCUCCGGGUCGCUGCCCCGCACCCACGCACCUCUGCAGAGCGCGCCCCUGGCCCCAAGCGUGUCCACCGGCUCUCCUGGCUGUGUGCCCUAUCCCGAGAACGGAGGAGGGGGCCAGGCCGCCCCUAGCACCAGCUACAUCCUCCUUCCACUUGAGGCUGCGACAGGCAUCCCACCCGGAAGCAUCCUGCUCAACCCGCAUACAGGCCAGCCCUUUGUGAAUCCCGACGGAACCCCUGCCAUAUACAACCCCCCCAGCAGCCAGCAGCCCCUGCGAGGCACCAUGAUGGGGCAGUCCCAGCAGCCGCCACAGCAGCAGCCCUCUCCUCAGCCACAGCAGCAGGUGCAGCCACCCCAGCCACACUUGGCGGGCCCGCUGGUCACUCAGUCGGUGCAGGGGCUACAGGCUUCCUCUCAGUCAGUGCAAUACCCAGCGGUCUCUUUUCCUCCCCAGCAUCUCCUGCCUGUGUCUCCAACGCAGCAGUUCCCCAUGAGAGACGAUGUGGCGACGCAGUUCACCCAGAUGAACCUGAGCCGGCAAUCCUCAGGAGAGACUCCUGAGCCCCCAUCUGGUCCUGUCUACCCAGCGUCCCUCAUGCCACAGCCAGCCCAACAGCCAAGCUACGUCAUUGCCUCCACAGGCCAGCAGCUCCCUGCUGGGGGGUUCUCGGGCUCUGGACCUUCCAUCUCCCAGCAGGUCCUCCAGGCCCCUCCCUCACCACAGGGAUUUGUGCAACAGCCUCCACCGGCACAGAUGCCCGUCUAUUAUUACCCAUCCGGUCAGUACCCUACCUCAGCCACACAGCAGUACCGGCCCCUGGCCUCCGUUCAGUACGGUGCUCAGAGGGGUCAGCAGAUACCGCAGGCCGCGCAGCAAGCAGGUUACCAGCCAGUCCUGUCUGGUCAACAGGGGUUCCAAGGCCUCAUAGGAGUGCAGCAGCCUUCCCAGAGUCAGAACGUGAUGAGCAACCAACCGGGGAAUCCGGUGCAAGGCGUGAUGGUCUCCUACCCAACAAUGUCUUCUUAUCAGGUGCCAAUGACCCAGGGCUCUCAAGGACUUCCCCAGCAGUCAUACCAACAGCCAAUCUUGCUACCUGACCAGGCAGGUCAAGGGUCACUCCAGGCCACUGGAAUGCCUGUCUACUGUAACGUCACACCGCCGACCCCUCAGAACAACCUGAGGCUGAUCGGUCCACACUGCCCCUCCAGCACUGUCCCCGUGAUGUCGGCUAGCUGCAGGACAAACUGUGCAAGUGUGAGCCACACUGGGUGGCAGGUCAAAUUCUGAGCACUGUGGCUGCGGUACGUGUCUCCAGAUCGCUCGUGGCCGCUGAGGCAAGAUGAGCAAAGGUGGGACGCUGGCUGAGGACUUAAUGUAUUCACUCAACACCCAAACGAUCGCUGCUGGUAUUCUGUAAACACACACACACACACACACACACACACACACACAAAGACUGAUACACACAUUAGCUGGUCAAUGGUGCAUAUUUCUGUCAUGUCUGCUAGGUACGCCUUUGUAGCUUAGCUAGUGACAUGAUUUCAUCAAGGUAAGAUUUUCUCCUACCACUGAACACCACUGUGUAGAUGAUAAUAUCCCUCAUUUGGAUUAUUAGUUUUGUACUUUGUGUUGAGUUUGUGAUGCUAAAAGUAUUGAAAGAUCAUAUACCGAAAUCACAUCGUACCAAAGCCGUAACGGGAAAGAGAAGAAUUGAUGAAUGGAAGGAAUAAUUUAUAUACGC